AUGUUGAGACAAGUUGGGUUUGUGUUUUUAAUAUUUGUUAUAACAAAUGUAUAUUCAGCUAAAAUAUUAGCAGUAUUCCCUACUCCAUCUGUGAGUCACCAAGUAGUGUUUCGACCGCUAGCUCUAGAACUGGCCAGACGUGGUCACCAUAUAACAAUCAUAACAACAGAUCCAUUCACGCAAGCAAAAAACCCAAAUAUCACAGAAAUUGACGUCCAUGAUAUAUCAUACGAACUAUGGAAAAAGUACGUCGUUUUGGAUUUGGAAUUUGGGAGAAAAGACAAUAUUUAUCCACAGGUCGAAGUGGUACCGAAAGUAAUGAUGCAUAUUAUUUGUUCGCAACUUGAACAAGAUUCAGUUCAAAAACUGAUUAACACUAAAGAACCCUUUGAUCUUUUAAUAUUAGAAGGUUGGUUGAGGCAAAAUUUGAUAUAUUCUCAUAUUUUUAAAGCCCCCGUGAUUUUGAUGAGUUCCUUUGGAGCGAUGUUUGCAAGAGAUGAAGUCAACGUGGGAGCACCUACACAUCCUUUUCUCUACCCAAUGUUAAUACAACAGAGACUUUACAAUAUGAGUUUUUGGGAGAAAAUUCAAGAAUUAUACAAACGACAGUGGUUUGAUACAUUUUGGUAUUCUAGUGACGCUAAGGAAGUUGCAAUCUUCAGAGAGAAGAUAGAUAAAGAUUUGCCAGAUUAUGAAGAGUUAAGCAAAAAUAUUAACAUGUUGUUUAUAAAUACCCAUCCUAUGUGGAUCAAUAAUCAACCUCUGCCCCCAAACGUAGUAACGCUUUGGGGAAUACACAAACACCCGCAGAAACCAUUGCCGAAUGAUCUUCAAAUAUACCUUGACUCAUCUAAAAACGGAGUAAUAUAUUUAAGUUUUGGUUCCAACGUACUCUCAUCCAUUUUAUCUCCAGAGAAGAUACAAAUUUUUGUGCGCGCUUUUUCUCGGUUAUCAUACGACAUUUUAUGGAAAUGGGAGACUGAUGAACUGCCUGGAAAAUCGGAGAAUAUAAAGAUUUCCAAAUGGUUACCGCAGUCGGAUUUAUUGAGACACCCAAAUAUAAAACUCUUCAUAACCCAAGGAGGUUUGCAGUCAACCGAUGAGGCUAUAACAGCUGAAGUACCUAUGAUAGCUGUUCCAUUGCUCGGAGAUCAGUGGUUUAAUGCAGAGAAAUAUUUAUAUUAUAAAAUUGGAAUGAAACUCGAUUUGGAAACAAUUACUGAAGACGAACUUGAAAACGCUAUUAGGACUGUUAUAAAUGAUACUAGCUAUAGGGAUAACAUCAGAAGAUUUAAUGAUCUAUUACACGAUCAACCACAGAGUGGAUUGGAUCGAGCCGCUUGGUGGACAGAAUAUGUCAUAAGACAUGGUGGGGCGAAGCAUCUUCGAGCAAUUGCAGCUGAUAUGCCGUGGACGGAAUAUUAUGAGAUUUAUUUUGUACUUAAGCUUACUUCACUUUUGCUUAGUAUUAUAUUCGGCGUCUUAGUUGUAGUUUAUCUGGUUUGGCGACGUUUAUUUACGAAGGAAAAGCUUAAGUCUGCUUGA